AUGCUCUUCCACUCCGACGCCCACUUCGUCUGUAAAAACUGCAGCUCUUACCCUCAGAGGGCUGCGCAUACCUACAGGGGUGUCGUCCUUUUGCACAGCAGUGUGGGCCGGUGGUAUGGAAUCCAGCAGGGUGUAGUUAUCGCGUGCCCUGGGGGCUCAUGCCAGAGUUCUGCUGGUAAUUUGGUCUACGGAAUUAAUCCUGGCUGCAACCCAGACCCCAAUUGUUGUAAUUUGCCUUGUUUCCCCAAUGGCCCGCAUCAGGUUGGUCCAGUGCAACAGGUUUACAAUCCACAAUCCGUAUUCUACUGCUCGGCGCCUUGCUCUCAUGUAUACAGAGUGCCUUACGCUACUCCAUUCCCUACAGCACCGUAUGGGGCGCCUUACCCUAAUCCAUACGGGCACCAUACGCCACAGCCCCGUAUGCAGAGACAUACACAACAGCGCUGUACUCAGCGCCGUAUUCAACGUCCUACAUUACGACGCCGUAUGGAUCUGUGA